UUUAGCUUCAGGUCCAUUCUAAGGCCCACGUCGAAAUGAAAAUCAAAGCCCAAGGCCCAAAUCCACCCUCUCAUUUCGCCCAGAGAGAGCGAAACAGAGAAACCACGCCCUGCUUGUGCAGUAGCAGUUCAUCGAAAAUGCAAGCGUUUCGACGAAUCACGACAGCGACCAUCUCUACGGCGAAGCAAUUCAACGCUCUACCAUCCGUCGCCGCCGCGAAACCUCAUUUCGCUCCGUCCGGCGACGGCGAAGUUCCGGCGACGAGACGGCGGGGGUCGAGCCGCCAGUCCCGGAGCGGCGAGGACGAGUGGAACGAGGCGUGGGAAUCGGCGUGGCUGCCGGACGACCUGACGCCGAAGGCGCGAGCACCGUGGGAGAGCGACGUCAACUUCCCUUCCUCCUCCUCCGCCGCUGACGCUGAUGCCGCCGCCGACGAAGAGACGAAGGCGUUCGUGGCGGAGAUGAACGAGAAUUGGAACGAGCGGCGGAAAGGAUCGAAGGAGAAGGAGGAGAAAAAGGAGGAGACCGGCGCGCUUUACAGUGUGGAGAAUAUGAAGAAGGAUUACCGGCUGAAGAAGCAGAGGAUGCACGCCGGAUUGUGGAUGAAGGAGAUUGAGAAGCUUGAGGAGGCGAAAUUGGGAGAUUCUGACGUUGCUGCUGGUGACGACAUUCAGAGAUUGCUUGAUAGUUGCUCCGACAUUUUUGACUCUGGCAAUAAUGAUCUCAACAAUGCACAAGUUCAAACUUCUGAGUUCAAAAAUAUGCCUGAUGGAUGGGAAACAAUAUCAAAAAAUCAAGAAGGAAAUGUAUGGGAGAUGUCCCAGAGAGAAGAAGAUAUACUUCUCCAGGAAUUUGAACGACGUAUUGCCUAUAGCAAGUUUCAGAUUGCUAGUUUUAUCAAGACUCACAUAUUUAGCCGGAGGAGGCCAAUUGAUGGCUGGAAAUAUAUGAUAGAGGUGGUGGGACCAAAUGCUAAGAGAGGGAAGGGUAGUGUAUCUAGAGUACCAAGUCUAUCUGAUCCCUCUACCCAACCAUUCAAGGAGGAGAAAAGUUCAGUUGAUAAGACUUAUCUUCCUCAGAGAAGGUAGCUUGGUCAUAUUGUGUCGUGUAAUCUCUUUUAUUGUGCAGAGGUCAUUGAUUCAAAAAAUGGUGAAUGAAGGACAGUUGCUGAUCCUUUACUGAAGGCAGAUGCUCUCCAUGGAAAUCUUGGUUAAGGUUCAAAAAAACCCUGCAUUAAGUUUAAAAGCUAGUGGCAAUAUGACCCAGGAUGAAUGUGAUACUAAUUACCAAUUAGUGGUGUAAGGGCGAAAGGAUUUUUCUAUUUUGCCAUAUUAAAUGUUACUCCAAAUAUGGAGCAAUUAAACGCAGGCAUUUAGGACUAAAACAGAAGGAUGUACUCAAAAAUGUUAAAUAGGGUUUCACAA